CCUUAAAUGCUGUCCAAAUUGCCGUAAACUAAUUAAAAAUGUUUAUCGUUAUGGACGAAUACUCAAGAAACGGAUCCUUGAUACCCAAAAUAGGAAGUUUAUAGUAUACUAUGAUUCACGACUAAAGAGAAAGACAAAAAAUUUAGAGAAGAUAACAAAACGCAUAGAGAAUAAUCGAAUGGAAAUCCUUAAAAAUUUGCAAAUUCCUUCUUGGAAAUCUAAAAGAAAUCCCAAAAAGUCAGAGGAAGAAAUACUUAAUCCUACACUUCCUGAAAUUACUUCGCGAGAGCAUUUUGAAAGACUUGAACAUUACUAUUCGAUACCGUCGAGUAAUGAAGGAUCAUGGAAUAAGCAUGUUGCAUCCCUACUUGAUUGCUAUACCGAAUUUUCCAGACUGAUGACUGAUACCAAAAAUCCUCCAUAUAAGCGAGCUUAUGAUGCUGCCGUUUCGUGUUUAUUUAAAAAAAAAUCAGAAGUAAAUAUGGAUGUAUUAAUUGAGGAUAUCCGUUCGUCAGAAAUGUUUCUUGAUGAUUCUACUGCAGCACAAAGUCGUCGACUUCAAGAGAGUUUAGAGGAAGUAGGAAUUAUAACUCCUAAGAUUGACAGGCGGUUCUAUCUCGAUGGAUUUUUUGAGAUAGUCAACAUUCAAAAAGUUUUGUUCUACGAGGUAUCUUCAAUUAUUGACGGAUUAACCCUGGAACAUAAAAAGCUUAAAGAAAAUUGGUUAAAGUUUUCCGAGUUCCUGAUUCAAUCGAUCAAGUCUCAUUUGGAAUUGAUUAACAAGACUGCGUCAGAAAAUAAAUACACGCGUCAUUCUGUUUUGGCAUUAUUAGAGUUAAGCGAGUUUGAGUGUACGGUCGAAAGAUUUGAACUGAAGAAUCCCCCAUCUGGCUCGAUUACUCCUUUGAUGAAAGAAAGAAUUAAGGAUAAAUGUAAUGACAUUGAAAGAUGCUGCUUACAAGUUCGCAAUUUACUUCAUAAAAUGGAUAUGAAUUAUUUUAAGCAGCGGUGUAAUGACAGAAUCGAAAAAAUUCUCAAAGACGUGCAAGAAAUUUAUAUUGCUGCAGAAAGGUCUGGCGAAUUAACAAGAGAAGAAAAGUUAGAAAUUCACAGAGCAAUGAGUGGUGAAUUUGUCGGAAUUAGUGGAACAAGUCAUUGGUAUCAAUGCCCUAAUGGUCAUGUAUACACGGUUGGAGAGUGUGGUAGGGCCAUGGAGAGGAGUACAUGUCCGGAUUGUGGGGCAACUAUUGGAGGUGGAAACCAUCAAUUCGAUGAGGGAAAUGAAAGAAACAUGGAAUUUGAUGCUAUGCAACUAUAG